UUCGAGUGACGUUAAGGCGAGCAGACCUCAUGUUUGGCGUUUUAGUCCACUUUUGAAAGAAAACAAAUUUCUUCAAAAGUGUGGGGUCUCCUCACUGAUUCUCGUCGACUUCAUAACCUUUCCGUUCUUUUCUCCCUUCUUCUGUUAUUACCGCCAAUUUCCUAGUGGAAGUUAGUGGUAAUUUCGAAUCAACAUAUCGUAUCCUCUAGCCCGUUACGUGGAAGUCGACGGCCAUAUUUCCAACUUAUUUAUUAUUCGAUCGAUAACUUUCCACGAAGAAUCACUCUUUUCUCUACGCCUUUUUAAUCACUUUCUUUAAUAUUCCAACUUCACAAGUCUAGCGAUUUCAUCAAUGGCUCAGAAAACGCCUGUAAGCUUGAUGAACGAACUUGCCAAAGCCAACAAACUAAACCCCGAAUACAAAGUCAUCGAGGAAACCGGACCAGCUCACCAACGAACGUUUACUGUACAGCUGACCCUGGGCGACGUGGGAACAUGGCAAGGCAAAGCUACAAGUAUUCGAAGCGCCAGACAUGCAGCAGCCACAGCAGGUUUGGAGAAUUGUGGGUUAACAAAGCCAGAGAUCGAGAAACCAAACAUCCAACAGUUCAACAUCACUCCGACAGUAGAACUGAACGUGAUGGGGAUGAAGCUUGGGAAGCUGAUUCAGUACCAUGACCUGCAGCCCAAGAUACUGUCCCCUUAUCAACCAAUCAGCAUGGGCUAUCCUAACCUCCAGAUGCAACAUCAUCACACUGGCUUGCAUCACUACAUGCCUCGACCCCGUCCCUCUUACAGCAUUGCACACCCAAGUCAAGGGAAUCACUAUCGUCCAUAUGUCCAAAAUGGGUUUCAUUCCCGGCCUCCACCACCCCGUGUACCCAGAAUCUUUUGUGUCCAGCUGAUGGUAGGAGACCAGGAAUUCUAUGGUGAAGGACGUGACAAGCAGAAAGCUCGUCAAAAUGCGGCAUCUCAAGCAAUCAAGAUGCUGCGAGAUGAGAUGGCUACUGUUAUGGAUAGGAUUACCACCUCUUCCACUCCUGAAGAAUCAAAAACAGCUAAUCAAAAUGGUGAAAGCAAAGUUGACCAAUUGGAGAGUUCUCCCAGGCAGAGUAUCACUGAAGUGAAAUCUGAGAUCAGUCAGGUGUAUGAGAUAGCCUCUAAACGGAAACUGCAAGUAGGAUUUGAAGAUGUAAAGAGCAGUGGCCCUCCCCACAUGAAGCGUUUUGUGGUGAGUGCCACUGUGGGUGACUUCACAACAUUGGGAGAGGGAUGCAAGAAAAAGGAUGCAAAACAAGAGGCUGCUCGGAAAAUGCUGGAAGAACUGCAAAAGCUACCUGAACUACCCAAAGAUGAAACAAGCUACAAGAAAGCUGGUCGCUUUGCUCGCCGCGGGCCUCGCAUCUCCUAUCAUGAAAAACCAAAAGGUGAGAUAGAUCCUUCCUUGAACCCAGUCAGUAUUCUGGGGCAGAUUCUUCAGCGAAGACAUGAUCAGCCACCAGACUAUGAACUUCUUUACGAGAAGGCAAAGGGAAACGAAAGGGAAUUUAAAAUACAGGUGACUGUCAGUCAACACAAGGCUACUGGAUGUGGUUCAAACAAGAAGGAAGCUAAGAAAAAGGCUGCUGAAGCCAUGUUACAACUGAUUGGAUUUCGCUCUCCUGAAGGACAAUCAACUGCUGCAAGUACUCAGGGAGAUAAGGCUGUGAAAACAGAAAGGAGUGACACAGACCAGAAGGCUUCUGUAAAUGCUAAUGGAACAAACACAGAACCACCCACCAUACUCGGUCGACAGCUGAAGCCUGGACUACUCCCAAUGGUUCCAGAGCUAGCCAAGCAAACUCGAUCAGAUAUGAUGAACUCUGUUGUUGCACCCAUCGCUCAAGUCAAGCAGGAACCACAGGAGCCUACUGUUCAAGGUGGACUAAAUCGGGCUCCUGGAGCGCCCGUGGUAAAGACUACACCAGGAAAACCUCUUACACCUGUUCAGAAGCUGUUACAUUUGGCUGACGUUGAAGGACUUCGAGUACAAUUUACCGAUUACCCCAAGGAAAGAGAAUUUCUCACUGUUAUCAAUGUGUCAUCUAUUCCUCCCCUCACUUGCUAUGGAUCAGGAAAAACUGUUGAAGUUUCACGGGAAGAAGCUGCGAGUAAUGCUUUAAAACCACUGCUACAGUUACAAGGAAGUAUCAAAACCCAACCACCAGCCACUAAGGACAUCAACACAAGUGAUGAACCAAGAGAACACCAAGAGAACACCAAGUAAAGAAAGAUUAAACAUUUGGCUGAAGUUUCAGGAAAGUUAAUGAUGGAUAGUACAAAUGACCCAUGGCAAAGGAUUGUUUGAUCCUAGUAAAUUAUCAGGUAGAUUUUAGUGUGCUCACUUUAGAUUAAAAAUAAGUAAGAAUAUUUUUUUUUGAUAUUCAUGGAUUCACCAAAUUUGUGCACAACAGAAUGAAAGAACUGGUCACCCUCUGGGUUUUACAUAUGCUUGCAAUUGAUAGACAUAAAGAAGUUGGUAAUGUUGUUUCAUUUAUAUAUUAAAUAAUUAAUCUUUUCCUUGAUAAAGAGGGUUGAUACAUGAUCUUUGGGGUAUUCAUUGGUUUUGCCUUGCCACAUAGUGCUACAACGUAAGGCACAAUGGUAAUGGUAAUUUUUGCUAGUUAGUUUGAUAGACUAACUUUUGCUGUUUUAGACCUAUCUUAAAACAAUGAUUCUUAGGUAAAAUGUUACAAGCUUGCUGAUUGCAUGGACAAACUGUGCAAGGCAUAUUUUGCCUUUCUAAUUGGCACUAGAGCUAGAGUGGUAAAUAACUUGUUUAUUUUUUCUGUUAGUUUUCUUUUUCUGCUUUGCCUUAAAUGUUAUGGAAAUAAUUACAGAUCAUGGUCCAUAUUGUAAAAGGGUGGACCAGUAACAAGCAUGUAAUUAGCCAAUCAGAUUUGAGGAUUCAAGAUUCCAGGUUAGGGAGAUGCUUCUGAAAAAAAAAUUAGAGGGUAAUCUGAGUCCCUCAUGAAAAUUCAUCAUUUUUUUUUCUGAUAUUGUAGUCUACAUCCCGGGCACAUGCCCUUGCUUAGGACAAAAGUCAAAAGAGUAUUUGUCACACAAAUGAAAGACACUCGAGUAAUGAAAAAAGAAGACUUUCCAAUGGUGACAAGUAGGUUGCUUUCCUGCCUAGAAAGUAACUUUUCUUGCAUGUAUUUUCCAUAUUGGGCAAAGUCCAAGACAACCUGUGUUUUAGUGUAUUUCCAAAAGGGUUGGAUUGUAGAAUUUUUUGAUCACUAUGUAAAGCCCUUUAUUUAAAUGGUGACAACUUUAUCUUGAAAACACAUUAUUGGCAACCAGUUAAUUUAUUCUGAGAGUAUGUGUAUUUGGUGUCGUUUUUGUAUUUUGGAGAUAAAAGAAAAGUUUGAAAUGAAGAUGAAUUGGUGCUAAAGAGACAGAGCUGUAUUGACCUCGUGAUUAGCACUACAUGAAUUUUUUAUUUAGAUUAGGUACAAUGGAGAGGGUUUUUAAAGGGAAGUAUGGUUACAGGAGAGUAGUAUAAAGUAAUGGGGGAAUAUCCCCUAAGUCCGAAUAUGACAUCAAAAUUUUGUUUAAGAGUUAUGGGCAAUAGCUGGAGAAUUAGUAGAUCUCUGAUGCAUCCCAACAUCAGUAUGUAAAUUCUCCUUACUUUUCUCUACACAUUUUCCAUGGCACUUGAAGGAGAAUUUGUCUAACAAUCAAGAGCUUCUUGAGUUUGUGAUCAUUUCCUUUUUUUCUCCCAACCUUAAUUCUGUUUGAUCCAGGGGUGAUACUGUUGGAAGAAAUUAGAUGCUUAUCACUCUGGGGGGUUUUGAAAGGGUUGACUAAUUAAUAACUUGAAUGGGUAUGUGUAUAAUCUGAACAAAGAGAUAGUGGUUAGGGCCCCCUUAUACUCAAUAUUAAGGAGUUUAAGAUAUCACAAUGGCGAUAUGUGGUUAAAAUGUUGCCAAAAAAGUAAUUUAUUUUCCUCUAAGAUUUUUGCCAACAGCUCAAUGCAUUCAGUGUUUCUGACAGUACCUCAUCUUCCCUUCAGUAUAACGAGUGAAUGUUGUGUUGAGUUCAAAGUGAAAACAUGAUGAAAUUGCUGUCAAGGUUUCCUUGCCAAGAUGGUGUGAAAGUUGGCAAUUUCACAUUUUAGUUCUGUAUGGGAGGGCCAAGAAAUGUACAAAGUUUUUGAACACAUGUGUUUUGCCAUUGGUUUGCUCAUUAGAUCUUUUGUUUGGCCACAAUCUUGUUUCUGUCGCCGUUGUGGUUUUCUUACACUCCUUAAUUACUCACUAUCUGAGAACUUUGCAGAGUAAUCUUACAGAGAUCACAAACUCCAGGAAUGAAGCAGUGUGUUUUAUUGUGUGCAAUUUAGAUUGUUCAGAUAUAUGGUGAAGCUACAUGCAUAAGAUAAAUCAAAGUUUUAAGCCCAUAAUUUAUAAAAAAAAAAUCAAACCAAAAUAUUGUUAUUUAAUGGGAUAUUGUUUGAAAGGGAGAUGUUUGUUAAAGUUUGUUUUAUGGGAAACAAGGGUAUUGCGUGAUAUUUGUGUGCCAGAGUACCACAAAUAUUACAGUUGUCCUUGUUUUUGCUUCUUAACUGAAGUGAAGUCUAAUUGGCAAUCCUAGCAUUGCUUACCUAGGCUCCAAAGGUGUGUCUAAAAAAUUUAUUAUUUAUUACAAGAGCAGCCAUUUUUAGUAUCAGUUGUUUCACUAAUUUCCAUUAAUGAGUAAUCAUUCCAUAAUUGGAGCUAAGAUUGCUUUGUACCUUUAUUCCUGCCUGGCUUAUUGCCAACUGAGAGAAAGCCAACCCAUUCACCCUUUUACUCCUUGAAAUAAUUUGAAUAGAAUUUCUCUCUACAACUUAAAAGCCCUGUAGAUGAAACAGGUAAUGAGAAGUAAGAAAAUUGUUGUGAAAGGAUAUACAAGUAUUCUUAAUAAAUAGCUGUAGAAAGAACUGUAGUGUCAUUGUGUGGUUGUAAUUGUUUUCAUAUCCUGGGAGUUCAAGGGUUAAAACUAAUUUAUUACUGUGUAGAAUAGUUCUGGUAGAGCGUGGGUACAGUUUCUUUAAUGUAAUUGUUAUGUAAAGGUUAGUAAACAUCAUUAAAUGUUGAGCUUUG